AUGAAUUGUCCAUUAUUUGUUGAAUCAAAUCAUACAGCAAACUAUAAAGCAUUUCGUCCGGAUUAUCCACAAGAAUUAUAUAAAAAAAUUUUGGAAUUUUAUUUUAAUACAACUAAUAUUAAUCUCAACGACGAUGAUAAAAAAAUUCCAUUAGCUUUAGAUGUGGCUUGUGGUAGUGGACAAGCCACUGUUGAUUUAAGUUAUUACUGUCACCGAGUUAUUGGUAUUGAUGGUAGUCAAAAUCAAUUAAAAAAUGCAACAUUAAAACAAAAUAUUGAAUACCAGUGCCAUAAUGCUGAAAAUAUAACAUUUUUACCACCUAAUUCAAUUGAUCUUAUUACAGUAGCAACAGCAUUACAUUGGUUUAAUAUUCAAACAUUUUUUGAACAAGUUAAUCGUAUCUUAAAACCAAAUAGUGGUGUUUUAAGUAUUUGGAGUCUUGGUUUUCCAUUAUUAGAUAAUCCAAAAGCCAUCGAAGUACAGCACAAAUUCUCUCACUGUGACCUUGAUGGUUAUUGGAGUGAUAAAAUACAGUUAUUGACUGAUCAUUAUGAAUCAAUACUUGAUACGUUUCCAUAUCAAGAAACAAGAAUAAAACAUGUUAUCGAAUAUGAACGAGAAAUGUCUAUUCUUCAAUUUGUAAAUAUGAUUGAAACAUGGAGUGCAUGUCAAACGUAUCGUGAACGUCAUGGACAAGAUAAAUUGAAACAAUUAUUAAAAACAUUAGCAGACAAUUUGGCUAAGUGCUAUACAGAAUCAUCAAAUGAUAUUAGUAGUAAUAAAGAUGGUGAUGCUAUUUACGAUAAGAAAAUGAUUGUUAAAUGGAUAAUACAUUUGCAUUUAAUGAAAAAACAAUAA